AUGCCCAGAAGACCAUCAAAAAAGGUCCAAGAAAAAUCACGCCAACGAGGGAUCGCUUAUCGGGAAAAAAUGAAGGCGCGUAGAAGAAGUAUAGAACAACAACAUGCCAAUCUUCUCAGGACAUUAGAAGAAGCUGAGAACUCUCGAUUAGAUAUGGCAGACAGAGUCUCAUACAGAAGCGCCGAAGCUAUCGAUGCAAGAGAUAGCAAUAUACAAUUUCGAGAGGACAUAGAAGAUUUGCAAUGGGUUAACAUCGAUAGACAGCAACACCCCCCUUCUCAAAAUCCUGAAGAAACGCUUGACAUAAAAGAGUACAAGUCAAUGAAUCAAUUACCAAAGGGAAGUUUAAUUGGUACUAGAAUCGUUACGAGAUUCUUUGAAUUGUGA